CCACCCCUUCUAACAAAUACUGUUCCGUGGGUCAGCUCGGCGUUCUGGGUAGUUUAAAGUUACAACUGUUUGUGUGGCGUUUUAUUUACUGACAUUUAAUUUAUUAAGUAUGAUUUUCAGUGUUACUGGUAGCUGUGUGUCCGUGUUUGAAGUAGACGAAACCUGGAGUUAGCUCGCGUUGGACGUGGGCAGCAAAUCUGUUGCAUGACAAGUGCAGACUCCUGUGGAAAGAACCAACAUGGAGUCUCGCGAAGGAGCCGCGGCGACCAGAGACUGUGUGCUCGACUUUUCACGGCUAAGCUUGAACACUUUAAGCCUCGACGCCGUCAGCGAUGAGCGGAGACGGGACACCAAGCAGUUCUACCUGAACUACAACAGACUGUCGUCCCUGCCGCCGUCGAUCGGCGUUUUCCACAACCUGGAGUUCUUGGACAUCAGUAAUAACGGACUGACGGCCAUCUGCGACGACAUCACGCGCCUCACCAAGCUCAAGACGCUGCUGGCCAAGAACAACCGCCUGGACGAGUUUUCUCUGCCCAAAGACUUCGGCUCUCUGCCGCUGGAGGUGUUGAACUUUAGCGGGAACCGCUUUGAGGAGAUCCCGCUCCAGUGCACCAAACUGUGGCGGCUGCAGUCGCUGUCGAUCGGCGGGAACAGACUGAAGAGCAUCCCGACAGAGAUUGAAAACCUAACCAGUCUGGAGAUGCUGUAUUUGGGCGGGAACCUCAUCACGGCGAUUCCUCCCGAAGUGGCAAACCUGCCGUACCUCAGCUACCUGGUGCUGUGCGACAACCGCAUCCAAAGUGUUCCACCCCAGCUCACCAGGCUCCACCUGCUGCGAUCUCUAAGCCUUCACAACAACCUGCUCACGUACCUGCCGAGGGAGAUCCUCAGCCUGGUGCACCUGCAGGAGCUCAGCCUCAGAGGGAACCCGCUGGUCGUGCGCUUCGUCAAGGAAAUGACCUACAACCCCCCGUCGCUGCUCGAGCUGGCGGGACGCACUGUCAAGAGCCGCAAUAUUCCCUAUUCCCCCUGUGAACUGCCGUCAAACCUGGUGUUCUACCUGGACCUGGCCAGCAAAUGUCCCAACCCAAAGUGUGCAGGUGUGUACUUCGACUCGUGCGUGCGCCACAUCAAAUUCGUCGACUUCUGCGGGAAGUACCGGCUGCCCCUCAUGCACUACCUGUGCUCCCCCGAGUGCCGUUCUCCCUGCAGCUCGAACCCUCAGAGCGACGCCGAGUCGGAGGACGAGAACAGCGUCCCCGCCGACCGCCUCCAAAGGGUCCUUCUGGGAUGAUCCGGAUCCUUUGUUGAGCUUCUGUGCCGCGGGGACUCGCUUCAGAACUUCGCCAACACCUACACCCGUUUUGCGCAAAAAUACUGUUCUCACCUCAAACCUUCAGUUUCUGCAAAGAACAGGUGUGGAAAAACGUUUCUUCUUGAGAAAGGUCGAUGGAACGAUCCCCUGAUCAACCUGUCAGUCUGAUGUUGGCCACUAGAGGGCAGUAGGAGUCCUGAUGGAGGAAGAUUGUUUCCUUUAUUUUCAGGCCAACGCAUUUUACACUUUGACCCUCCAGCUUUUUGUAGCUACGGCAUAUUUUUCUGCUUUUUAGUGUGGAUUUAACAAAGGUUUUCCUCAUUACAAAGAGAAACAAAAUGCUAAUAGACAUUAGUCUAAAACUACAGCACUGUGACGCACAAGACGGGCUUCUUAAAACUUACUGGUGUCUAAUAUGACACUAAAGUGUGGUUUGGUUAUAAUUGGUGUAAUUAAACCCACCAAACUAUGAAAGCAUGUUUCCACGGUGCCUUAGUUGCCUUAGAUUAGUCAGUGAAGUUUUGAGACGUGGUGCGCCUGUGCAGGAAGCGGACCGCACCAUGUUCGCACAGAAACAAUAGGCUUCGAGCCCAGCUGCAGCCUCCAUGCUGUACAGUCCAGGCCGUUACAUUCCUCUGGGCGUAAACAGCGACGAAGGUUGAAGAACGCAUGGCUGCCAGACGUUCAGAAACGAGGGACUGCCUUCCUUCCUGCUCACACCUCUGCUUCGUGUGGAGCAAGCAGGAAAAUGACUCGCAAAAGAAUGAUGUGUAUAUCGGCUAAAAGGAGUGAUUCUCCUGACAUUUCCGAUCAAAAAAAAAAGGAGACCGUACCUCCGUGUUACAACAAUAACACCUCUGUAAUUGUGCCUUCCAAAAUGGUGAACUGUGUAUGUGGAUAUAGUGCAUCCAGACUAAGAAUUAAUCCUUUUUGGGCCUUUUAUUGCGUUUUUGUACUCAUCAGCUGAACCACAGUGAAAAAGAAAGGCACUAACCAUAAAAAAAACAACAAAUAUAUCUUUUAUACAAAUCUCGUUUUUUUUCUUUUUCAAACGUAAACUACAUUUCCUAAUGAACAGAUAAAAUGUUAAAUAUAUGAGCUUUAACCUAUUUGAGAUAUGUAAACUGUACAAUGUGUUAUAACAAUAAUAAAAACUAAUUAUAUAUCUUGA